GGCAGGCAACAGAGAAGCAGGCUGUAUGAUGAGUUCAAGAGGGAUUUUUACAGAUGGGAUGCGCUCCCUGCAGGAGAUGUCAACCCUGUGACUUCCUUCAUUAAUGAUCCUCUCUGAUCUUUGAGGUUCCCGCUCAGAGCACGCUUUUCCACCUGUGGAGUCUGUUUCCAGAGUUUCUCUCCCUUCGCAGACGGACAGAAACAAUUGGAGAACAUGUCAGAGCUCAGCUCCAAAAAACAAGGAUUUAAAAAAUGCCGGAGUGCCACUUUCAGCAUUGAUGGCUUCAGCUUCACUAUUGUGGCGAAUGAAACCGGAGAGAGCAGUGCGAGACCUCUGGCACGAUUCGCACGUUCCAAGUCCCAGAAUGCUUUGUGGAACGCCAUCACAGCAGGCAUCGGGAUCAAGGACAAAGACAAGCGGGGUAUCCUGAUUGACCCGCGGAGCCCGGAGGAGAUUCUAGCUGAUGACCUGCCCUCUGUCGAAAGUCCUGAUGCCAUGGAGAAGACCGCCAUUAGGCUGAGAUGUUUGGUGAAACAGUUGGAGAGAGGUGAGGCUUCUGUUGUCGACUUGAAGAAAAACCUAGAAUAUGCUGCAUCCGUUUUGGAAUCUGUCUACAUUGAAGAAACAAGGCGCUUGGUGGAUACAGAAGAUGAGCUCAGUGACAUCCAGUCUGACUCUGUUCCCUCAGAAGUGCGCGACUGGCUGGCGUCAACUUUCACACGUCAGAUGGGGCUGAUGUUGAGACGGUCGGAGGAGAAGCCGCGAUUUCGCAGCAUCGUGCAUGCAGUGCAAGCAGGGAUAUUUGUGGAAAGGAUGUACCGACGGACCUCCAACAUGGUGGGGCUGAGCUAUCCUCCCAGCGUGAUCACGGCCUUGAAGCAUGUGGACACGUGGUCAUUUGACGUCUUCACACUGAAUGAUGCCAGCGGAGAUCAUGCACUGAAAUUUAUUUUUUAUGAACUUCUCACCAGAUAUGACAUAAUCAAUCGCUUUAAGAUCCCUGUUUCUGCUCUGGUGUCUUUUGUGGAGGCCUUGGAGGUGGGCUACGGCAAGCACAGAAACCCUUACCACAACCUAAUCCACGCCGCAGACGUCACCCAGACAGUGCAUUACCUCCUGCUCAAGACCGGCAUGGUUCACUGGUUAACUGAGUUGGAGAUCUUUGCUAUGUUGUUCGCUGCUGCUGUGCACGAUUACGAACAUACCGGCACCACAAACAACUUCCACAUACAGACUAGAUCCGACACAGCCAUACUAUACAAUGACCGUGCCGUACAGGAGAACCACCAUGUUAGCGCUGCGUAUCGCCUCCUGCAGGAAGAUGACGAAAUGAACAUCCUCUUCAAUUUGUCGAAAGAUGACUGGAGAGAACUGCGGGCACUGGUGGUCGAGAUGGUCCUGGCCACUGACAUGUCCUGUCACUUCCAGCAGAUUAAGGCCAUGAAGAACUUCCUACUGCAGCCUGAAGCGAUUGAUAAACCCAAGGCCUUAUCCCUGUUACUGCACACCGCUGACAUCAGCCACCCUGCCAAAAACUGGAACAUGCACCACCGCUGGACCACCUCACUGCUGGAGGAGUUCUUCAGGCAGGGCGAUAAGGAGGCAGAGCUUGGACUUCCUUUCUCUCCUUUAUGUGAUCGCAAGUCUACCAUGGUGGCCCAGUCUCAGAUCGGCUUCAUUGAUUUCAUCGUGGAACCCACCUUCACUGUGCUGACAGACAUGAUUGAGAAAAUCGUGACUCCGCUGAUCGAAGAAGCCUCACCCUCCGGCCUGGCCGGGUUCAGACGCUCCAGUCUGAAUAACAUCCCGUCGGACGGUAAACGCUCUACUGUGAGAGGCUCUGGUUCGGAGAGCGGCCCUUCCCUGAACUGCUCCAUAAGCGCUGUCGAUUUUAAGACCUUCAAAAGCACAUGGAAUGAGGAAGUGCAUAAAAACAGAGAAAAAUGGAAAGCACAGGCUACCAAAGAUCUGGAAGAGAAGGCCAAACAGGAAGAGAACGAGGAGAAAGAUAAUAAAACCGACACAGACACACAAAGCAGUGACAGCAAAGGCGAUAAUACUCAAAAAGAAGACGAGAUCAACACAGACUCGAGUGUGAAAUCUCAAGACAAACGGAAGGAAGACACGAGACAAGAGAAGGAUUCAAAGACAGAUCGAGAUGCUACAGGCGAUAACAAGGAGCCCACAGAGCAACAGCCCAGAGAGGAAGAGGGCAAUAAAGACCCAGGGGGGGUGAAUGGGGCUCAAACACCAGUGUCCGAUGCCAAAGAGCCCGAGACCAGCAGUGACACGGACAACAGCCAGCGAGCACACAACGGGAACGAGGAACUGAACUCUCCUGACAGUGACGACAGUGAAAGCAAGAGAUCGGACGACUCAGAAGACGAGCACAGUCACUGUGGGAUCUCGCCCUCUUCACUGGCAGACAUUGCAGCCGCUGCGUCUGCACCUGAUGCAAACUAACAGCACUCCAAAUCCUGUACUGUGCUGUCACCUGGUGGUUAUUUUUUUAUUAUUCAUCUUUUCCUUUUUUGAGGACGUUUCACAUCUUAAAAUCAGAUCUUUCUUUCUCUGACGUUUUUUUUUUUUUCAUUCUUUCUUUAAUUCACAUCUGAUUUUGAGGAUGUACUUCAGGUUUUGGUUCAGAGGUACACAAAACCAGUACAGAACUGAGACUGGUGCAUAAUGGAUGUUUUAAAAAAGUCAUGCAUGGUGCCACGGUGGUUUUUGGAAACUGUUGGAUCCAAACCACACGCAUGAAGAUUAAAUGUGUCCCUUGUCGAGUCGAUGAAGACCAACCCCAGCAGAUGUUCUUCCCUUGGAGACAACGCAACAUCUGCCGACCGCUCAAGCACCAAACCUUCAUAGACAGCGAGCAGAGAACUUCAAAGAACUUCAGUCCCUCAGAGCACCUUCACCAGGCCGUCGUUACUGCGUCCAAAGAAUGUCUGAAGAACUGCUUAUUUUUAUUUCUGUUAGUUGUAAAUUUGAUGUUGCUGUCAUCCUGUUUUUUUUUCUGUGUUGAUAUACUAUACAGUUUCCAUCAUGUGUGUUCUUCUGUUGAAAUGCUUUCAAGAGCUUCUUGAUGUCGAACCAUGUAUGUGACUGAGGGUUUGAUUGAUAGUUAACAACCCAUAAUCCUUUGCCAGUAUCCUCUGUCAACAUCACUUUGAUCAUAGAAAUUUGUUUACACAAAUAGUUCAGUUCUGUCACAAUUUGGCAUAACUUUGACAAACUAUUCAAAUGAUUGACGUAUAUAUAUGUACACGUCAGCUGGAUAUUGUGAAAUUACAAAGAAAAUUAAUUCUUAUACAAUGGGGUCCAAGAGUCUGAAGCCACAUUGAAAAUCUGGGGUUUUCUUGGGGGGAGGAAAAAAAUUAUAUACGCAUAUAUAUAUAUAUAUAUAUAUUUUUUAUAUCAAAAUAUGAUGUAAAAUGAGGAAUACAUAUAAAUUUGUACACUUUUCAACUUUUAAUUAAAAUUGUUAAUACAUUAAGUAUAUUGUAAUUGAAACAUUUUUUAAAUACCUAUUUUUCGGACUAUAAGUUGCACCUAAGUAUAAGUCACAUCAGUCCAAAACUAUGUCAUGCCUAGGGGAAAAACACAUACAAGUCGCACUGGACUAUAAGUUAAUUUAUUUAUAACCAAGAACCAAUAGAAAACAUUACCGUCUCCAGCCGCGAGAGGGCGCGCUAUGUCUUCAGUGUAGACUACAGGAGAACUGAACAGCAUAGAGCGCCCUCUCGCGGCUGGAGACGGUAAUGUUUUCUAUUGGUUAAUUUCUCUUGGUUCAUGUCAAAUUAAUUUUGAUAAAUAAGUUGCAGCUGACUAUAAGUCGCAGGAUGAGCCAAACUAUGAAAAUAAUAUGGUAAAUACUUUUUUUUUUUUUUUCAUUAAAUUUGAAAAAAUAUUAGAUUAGCUUCAGAUUUUUGAACCCCACUCUACAUAAUAGGAAUAAUUCAUCCACAAAAGAAAAUUAAGAUGUAGAUGAGUUUGAUUCUUCACAAGAACAGAUUUGGAGAAAUUUAGCAUAGCAUCACUUGCUCAGCAAUGGAUCCUCUCUGUAAAUGGGUGCCAAACAGCUGAUAAAAACAUCACAAUAAUCCACAUCAUUCCAGUCCAUCAGUUCACCUAUUGUGAAGUGGAUGUUUGUAAGGAAUCAAAUCCAUAAUUAAGGCCUUUUAACUGUAAUUUAAUUCCAAAUCUGUUCGGAUGAUAAAAACCCAUUUUAGAUGGCCUGAGGGUGAGCUAAUUUUUAUUUUUUAUGUGAACUAUUCCUUUAAAAAUCAAUGACAGUACAGUUGCCCUUUUAAAUGACAAAUUCUGUCUGAUUUCCAUGUUAAUAAGAGCCAAAUCAGAUGGGCCAAUUAAACCUCUGCAAACAUUGUAAACUCUUCAAACCAGUAAAUGCAGUAAAUGUAAUUAUUUUGACAUUAGGUUAUAGUUUGAAUAUAGUUUGAGUUCUUCUAUUUUUGUAUUUAAUGUAUAUAACAGAUUAUAUUAUUUAUGAAGUGUUUAUAGGGAAAUCUGGUAUGAACAAUGAACAAAAUAGCUUAAUUGUAGGAAGGUGUACUAUUAAUGCUUAAUCAAAUCUCUUAGAGAAUUAUGACAGAGAAUAAAAGGAAUCUUAUUUGUAUUUUUCAAUCUGGUUAAAGAAGAAACAGAACGUUUAGAACGUAUGUUUUAGCACGAGCAUCUUCUGUCAGGUGCUGAUAUUACACUUUAGUUCACUGUGCUAGCGAGGUAUUUAUGUCCCUGUCUGUGCCGCUCAUCUUCUCAAAGUAUAAUGCACCUGUCCAUGUGAAUCUCUGUAAAUCAGUUUCAUACAUAAAUUGUAAAAUGCAGAAAAAAAAGGAAAUAAGAAAAAUAAGAAAAAAAGGCCUCCUUGUAAAAAGGCUGUUAUAAAUAGGCAGCAAAAUCCUGUGUAAAUGUCUCUGCUGCCUCAACCAAAGAUGAUUAUAAUGUCUGUAUGCCAUUUAUCUGGAGGUCAUUGCAAGCCAUCAUUCAUGCAUACUUCUUAUGAGUCAUUGGUUGGAAAGCAAAAUGAAAGAUAAAAAAGAAGGAAGCAUCGUUGCCUUAAAUCUAUAAUUAAUUACAAAUCCUUGUGAAUUAUUCUCUGUUGACGUUCAUCGAAUAUUUGUUGUAUGUGUUCAUCUUUCCUGUUUAAUUGUCCUCUUCUGACUCCAUUCUGAGUCAUCACCCAUCUCUUUUUUUCUGUGCUUAUGUCAGCGUUUUCUUCAUAUCUAAGAGACACUGAUGUGAUUUCAUCAUUUUGAUUUUACUGGAGAGUCCACUCAGAUGUGAAUGGCAGCAUGUUGCUCUUCUCAGCUGUGAAAGCUGAAAACUCAUUCGAUUGGUCGAUACUGUGCCAUUAUAAAAUGUUAUAAAUGUAGUAAUGAUAUCAUUUUGUUCUGUUUUUAAUUUUGCUCAGUGCCCCUCCCCUCCGAUGAAAUUUCCUCAAGCACAGACUUGGUGACAUUCUGCAAAUAUCAUUUUCUAAAUCAGUAUUGUUCAGAUAGAACAAUGUCAUAGAUAGAUAGAUAGAUAGAUAGAUAGAUAGAUAGAUAGAUAGAUAGAUAGAUAGAUAGAUAGAUAGAUAGAUAGAUAGAUAGAUAGAUAGAUAGAUAGAUAGAUAGAUAUAGAAAGAUAGAUUCUUAAAGAUUUUUUUCUUUUUUCAAACAUAUAUAUAUAUAUAUAUAUUAAAAUUAUUGAUUAAAAGGAGAAAAGUCUUUAAGAAUGUUUGGAUAUUUUUGAAAUUAAAAACAACACAAAUACUGAUUAAGAAACUUCCCUGCUGGAUGAAAUGAGUACAUACUAAGUUACACACACUCGCUCUCUGACUAUAACUGUGUUUUUAGAAAUUUCUUGCCUCUCAGAUCUUGAGGUGUUGAGGUCUUGAAGUCUUUUUUAAGCACACAUAGGCUCAGAAUGUAUGAUUAUUUAGGUGAAAUGCUGUACAUUUAUAGAAUAUUGAAGUUUAUGAGUAAAUAUGGCACAGUGAGAUUCUGCCUUAAUAAGUGUGUUUAGUUCUGCUUUAGUAACUGUCAAUGUGUUCAGCUCAGUUAUGUGUUUGCCAGGAAACCUCAAUGUCAAAACUAAGCUAUUUUAUUGUUAUUUUUAUUUUAUUUUUAUUUUUUUUUAUCUUCAUGUACUGUGUAUCUUCUCCAACACUGAAACAAUUCGACCAAUUUCUAUUAGUAAAAUGAAAGGAUGCUCUGAUCAGCAGUGAGCUAGCAGCAUAAAUCAUAUAGUGCUGUACUGCCAUCUGUUGGCUAUCUAGUGUACUGCAUCACUGCAGUCAAACACAUUUGGAGAUCAACACAUUGUUUUGUUUACCUUUUUAUUACGUCCCAAAGUAUAAUUUGUCAUAAGAUUGUUUUAACUUUUUCUACAUUAAUGUCUGUUGAUGCAUUCAUUACUUUUUUAUUUUAAAAAGAGAAAAAAAAAAUCAGUCAUAAGGCAGGUGUGGUCAUGUGAUCAUGCUUGUUUUGAUGCUCCUUAAUUGCACUUUUGUGACAAUAAAUCUUUACUCAAAGGGCUCA